AUGGCUGGUCUAACUCCGGCUGAGGAUCGCCCAGAGAUUGCCUUCUUCGACGUCGAGACGACAAUUCCGUUUAGACCUGGCCAAAGGUUUGAGAUUCUGGAGUUUGGAGCGAUCCUCGUUUGCCCCAAGAAGCUAGUGGAGCUUCGAAGUUACUCAGCUCUGGUUCGACCCCCAUGUCUCAGCGACAUCACGCCUCGGUCGAUUGAAUGCAAUGGCAUCACUCGAGAGGACGUCAAAUCGAAACCUCCGUUUGCAGCUAUCGCCGAUAACGUCUACGAUAUUCUCCAUGGAAGGAUAUGGGCAGGUCACAACAUAUUGAGGUUUGAUAUUCCAAGGAUAAGAGAAGCAUUUGCAGAGAUUGGACGAGAACCGCCACAGGCGAAGGGCACCAUUGAUUCGUUGGUGCUGCUUACUAAAAAGUUUGGGAGGAGAGCUGGUGAUAUGAAGAUGGCGUCAUUGGCUGCAUACUUUGGGCUUGGAAAUCAGACGCAUAGGAGCCUGGACGAUGUCAGGAUGAAUUUCGAGGUUCUCAAGUACUGUGCCACUGUUUUGCUCUUGGAGUCAAGUCUGCCAGAUGAACUUACAGAGACCUCGGUUACUACCACUACGCCAGAAACAAAUUCAAGAAGGCGUAGGAAUAUCAAAACAUCUCCUCCGCAAUCUCCGGUUGAUCAACAGACACAGGAGAACGCUAUUCUAUCAUUCGUUUCACCCGUAGAGCCUCAGCCGGAUCCGUUUGAUCUGAGCGCUAUAAGGAAAAUGAUAGCCCCCGAGCUUCUUAAUCCUUAUACCCUUGAAGGAACCGAUGCACUGGAUUUCUUGUAUCCCCCAGAAAUAUCUAUUCCAAGUAUCAAAGCUGUUCAAGUCCCGCUUUAUCAAGGGAGCCAGAGAACGAAGCUUCAGCUCUUCCAUGGGGAUAGGCUUCUUCAGCUCUAUUGUCCUCAUCUGAAAGUAGUGUAUGGAUUCAAUGGGAAAUUUCUGGAUAGUGCUGGGAGACGGAAGAUGAACUUUGUGAUUGAAUUGUCUAGUGAGCUCUGCGACGUAUUGCAAGAAUGCGACAGGGCUGCAAAGACAAUGUCUGCUGAUUCAGGCAGCGGUUCUGAGUGGAACUCAGUGAUAAUUCCGACGAGGGGAUCUCUGGACCCUCAUACCGCAAGGAUACAUAUACCGGCAGAGUUGAAUGGAGAUGUAGAGCGGUAUGCAACUGAGGUACACCAGAGAGAGUUCUCUGAAGGUGCUACUAUCCAGAAACUCGUCUCAAGCAAGCCAAGCGCUGAGGAGCUUGAGUCUUUCGUGAACCGAAGAAAUAUUGUCGGCGCUUAUUUGUCCCUGGAGGCGUAUGAUUAUCAGCAGAGAGCUGGAAUCCGUCUGGUUGCUAAAAAGCUUAUUAUAUAUAAGAAUACCUUAAUCAAGUUCACCGGAGACGGUGAAUAG